ACGAAAGCCUCGAAGCCUUCUCGGUCUUCCUUCGCUCCCCCGAGAGCUUAAUGGCUCUCGAGACAUCGGAGCAAGCCUAAUCCGAUCAAGGAGAGCUCCGACUGAGGGCCAUGAGUCGCGGAACGGGAGCCGGCUACGAUCGUCACACCACAAUCUUCUCGCCCGAGGGCCGCCUUUACCAAGUCGAGUACGCGUUUAAGACCGUCAAGGCCUCCGGGAUCACGUCGAUUGGAGUCCGAGGAAAGGAUUCCGUGUGCGUUGUCACCCAGAAGAAGGUCCCCGACAAGCCUUUGGAUCAGACCAGUGUCACGCAUCUCUUCCCCGUUACGAAGUACCUUGGAUUGUUAGCCACCGGGAUGACAGUCCAGCAAGCAAGAAAUGAGGCAGCUGAAUUUCGUUUCAAACGGGGAUAUGAGAUGCCUAUUGAUGUAUUAGCAACAUGUAUUCUGUUCCAGGCUGCAAGUGCUGGCUUGAAAGAACAAGAAGCAAUCAACUUGCUGGAGAAGAAAAUGAAGAAUGAUCCAGCAUUCUCGUAUGAGGAAACUGUGCAGACUGCAAUAUCUGCUCUACAAUCAGUUCUGCAGAAGGACUUCAAAGCUACAGAGAUAGAGGUGGGAGUUGUCACAUGAUGAACCUGGCUCAUCAAAUAAAGGAUGUGAUUGAGAAAUAUCAAAGCAGCAGCAGUAGCAGUGGUUUUGAGAGCUGGACAGCAAGAUCAUUGUUUCUGAAGGCUUAUGAGUCGUUCUUCUUGUGAUGCAUGGGUGAGUUCCUGCGCACUCGACUCCCUACUUCCCUGCAAAGGACAUCAGAGAGCUUCCCGGGCUUUGGGGACCUCAGCUUGUGCAUGUGGCCUUGGCGGCGGAGGCCAUUCUCCUUCAUGCCCACCGUCUCUGUUCCUUCUUCGCUACCGUUCUCUGCGACUGGUGCUACGUAAACGAAGGUGCCUAGUAGCACAUCGUUCAUGUCCAAGAGCGGCUCCAAGGCCUCGACGAUGGCCGACAUGUGAGGGCGGGACUUGGGACUCUGGCUCAAGCACUGGUAGACCACCGCCGCGGCCCUCUGAGCUCCCUGGGUGGAGUACUGGCCCUCGAGGCCGGGGUCCAUGAUGCGGUACAGCUUCCGUGGAUCACUGAGACACGGUCGCGCCCACUCCACGAGGUUCUGCUCUCUGCUCGGCCGCGCCUUGUCGACGCAACGCCUCCCCGUCAACAGCUCCAGCAGGACGACGCCGAAGCUGUAGACGUCGCUCUUGGCCGUGAGGUGGCCUGGCGAUGGCUGAGGAGAUGAAGAACCAGUUCCGAACAAAGAGGAGAGAUGGGAGCUGUAUCAGAGACUCACCAGUCAUGAUGUACUCCGGUGCAGCGUAGCCAUGAGUGCCCAUGACUCGGGUGGAGACGUGUGUGUCGUCUCCUUCCGGACCGUCCUUGGCGAGGCCAAAGUCUGAGAGCCUUGCCUUGUAGUCCUGAAACUUGAGGGACAGAGUUGCCCAAUUAAGCAUGACAGAGAAAGAGUGUAAAGUCUUUGCCAUGGCCAGGCAGAGAGGCCAUUUCAGCGGACAGUGGAGGAAGAAAUGCUAGUUUACUGAGACAACAGAUCCAUUGUGAUGCCAAUUGAUGCUCCCUAAAUAGUGUUUUGGAAGCACAAGUUUGUCACUGCAUCACAAUGAAGUCUGGUCCAAGAUACUUCUUCCUCCUGUCUAAAGGUAGCUCCAAGAUGAGCUCAUUGCCAGGAAAAAGAUUGCUAGGAUGAUCCUUCUUUUCUACCAUGAAGAUGUCAUCCAUGGCUCUCCCAAUUGUUGUGCCA